AUAGCUAUUUCCUCUUCCGGGUUGUUUGAUAACAACGUAGUGUGAACGUAUAAAGCCGCGCGACUAAAUUCAAAGUUAUCGAGAAAACUUCGUGCUAAACUGUGUGUCAAACGCCUGAAAGCGGAUUCUGACCGUUUUUACGGCCCCUCUGGGUGUCUUCAUUCCCGAUAACGGAACUAGGAAGAUUUUACGAGAGGAUGUCUCUUCCCAAACGGGAUGUGGAGGAGAUAAGGCCGUGGGUGGAGCGCACCGUGAAGAAGGUGCUUGGCUUCUCUGAACCAACUGUGGUCACUGUCGCGCUGCAGUGUGUCGGGAAGGGGCUGGAUAAAAGGAAAACAACAGACCAACUUCACCCUUUCCUAAACGAAUCGGCUGGAAGUUUUGUCGAGCGUCUUUUUGAAGCGCUGGAGGAGACCCGCGGUUCCCGUGGCAACAAAGGAAGUGGGGAAAAGACUCGCAAGAGAGAAAUAAAGGAGGUGUUUAGUGAUGAGACGGAAACGGGUGGUGGGAAAAAUGCCACGCCCAUCGCUGACGGUACGGUCACCAAACGCAAACGGGUACCUCGCUUUCAGGAGGUGGAAGAGCCUGAGGUCACUCCGGCACCGCCGUCGGACAGUCCAGGAAUGCUCAGCAAAAUGCAGAUCAAACAGAUGAUGGAGGAAGCCACAAAACAGAUAGAACAGCGCAGAAAACAACUAAACAUUCCAUCUCCUGCUCAGGCACAAAUGGAUUCCCCCAUGUCCCGCCUUCUUAGCCACGCUGGUAUGGGCGGGUCCAUCAUGCCCUCUCAGGCCGCCAGCUUCAUGAACGACGCUAUCGAGAAGGCUCGCAAGGUGGCUGAAGAACAGGCGCGCCUCCAGUCACAGAUGUCGGUGAAGCCCAACAUUCUCAGUGCGUUGGGAAACUCCAUACCUCAUAACUUUGUCGCACUGGCCAAUCUUCACGCCAUGGGAAUCGCCCCACCGAGAGUGGAAGUGAAAGAAGUGAAUAAGCCAACGCCACUUAUUCUGGAUGACAAGGGUAGGACAGUGGACGCCACAGGCAAAGAGAUUGAGCUCACACACCGCAUGCCCACCCUCAAAGCUAACAUUCGGGCGGUAAAGAGGGAGCAGUUCCGUCAGCAACUCAAAGAAAAGCCCGGUGAGGACCUAGAGUCCACAUCAUACUUUGACAAUCGUGUAACUGUACUUGCACCUCAGCGGGCUCGCAAGACCUUCAAGUUCCAUGAGCAGGGUCGAUUUGAGAAGAUCGCUCAGAGAAUUCGAACAAAGGCCCAGUUAGAGAGGUUACAGAAUGAGAUUUCCCAGGCUGCCAAGAAGACCGGAAUCCACGCCUCCACCAAGCUGGCUCUGAUCGCCCCAAGAAAAGACAUCGGGGACAGUGAGGUGCCAAACAUCGAGUGGUGGGACUCCUUCAUCUUACCUACCAACAUAGUGAUAAAACCAGAAACCAAUCUUGAUGAGAUAGUGCUUUUUGGAGUUACCAAUUUGGUGGAACAUCCUGCCCAGAUUAGCCCUCCAGUUGACAAAGACAAGCCAGUCACACUGGGUGUGUACUUGACCAAGAAAGAACAGAAGAAACUGAGAAGACAAACUCGACGCGAAGGCCAGAAAGAAGUACAGGAAAAGGUCCGUCUCGGACUGAUGCCCCCACCGGAGCCCAAAGUUCGUAUCUCCAACCUGAUGAGAGUGUUGGGGACUGAGGCGGUUCAAGACCCCACGAAGGUGGAAGCCCAUGUCAGAGCCCAGAUGGCCAAGCGACAAAAAGCCCACGAGGAAGCCAAUGCUGCACGAAAGCUCACAGCAGAGCAGCGCAAAGAAAAGAAGGUGAAGAAGUUGAAAGAAGAUCUCAGCACUGGGGUUCACAUUACAGUAUACAGGAUUCGUAACCUACAAAAUCCUGCAAAAAAGUUCAAAGUGGAAGCCAAUGCCAACCAGCUCUACCUGACUGGCACUGUCGUUUUGCAUAAAGAUGUCAACUUGGUCGUUGUGGAAGGAGGCCCCAAAUCCCAGAAGAAAUUUAAGAAGCUCAUGAUGCACAGAAUCAAAUGGGAAGAGCAUAACUCUAAGAGAGAUGAUCCAGAUGGCGAUGACGACACAAGGAGGAACAACAAGUGCUGGUUGAUUUGGGAGGGUACAGCUAAAGACCGCUCCUUUGGGGACAUUAAGUUCAAGCAAUGCCCCACAGAGAACAUGGCCAGGGAACAUUUCAAGAAGCACGGCACGGAACACUACUGGGAUCUGGCUCUUAGUAAGAGUGUUCUGGACAGUGCGGAUGACUGAAGAUUUUGACAGGAGAACACAAGCGCUUUAGUCAAAUACCUCACAACAACCCUUCCUAACCCUCCCUUCCAAAAAGCACCAGAACUUAUUGGCUGGCUUCUCGUGACGAUGGACUGGUUGACUUGAACUCGUGUUGAAUAUAAACUAUUGUGCAAGGACACGUGACAAGUUGGGCUUCUAAGGAAAGGAUGAUCAAUAAAGCCUUUUUGGAACAUGUGGCAAAUCGUGCAUGAAUGCGUGUGUGUGUGUGCGCAUGUGUGCGUGUUUCUUUUAGGAUGUUGUGUAAGAUAAAUUACACUGUGAUACAAAUCACUCGGCCACAUAUUCUGUUAUAAUAGACCACUGAAGUGUAUUCUGAGUCAAUUGUCAAUAAAUGCCUGUCCCUUCAGUGAAUGUUGUUUUU